CCGGGGUCGGGUAGGAUGGAAGCUGCUGAAACGCGAGGAGGAGGAGCUGGAGCUGGCCUCGGCGGGGCCAAGGGUUGCGGGUGCAAGGGGAUCCGCCCCCGCCUGCGCUGCGAGGCCGCCCCGCCCCCGCAGAAAAGCGCAAACUUUGUUUACUGCCCACUGACCGGCUUUGCUGUGGGAGAGAAACGAUCAGAAUUUGAAGGCUGGGCUUUCCAGUUUCCAGGAGUGUUUUUGCUGGAAGACUUUAUCAGCACAGAUGAGGAAUGUGAGAUGGUUGAGCUGAUGGAUCAAAGCGCGUGGAAGCCAUCACAAUCUGGCCGAAGAAAACAGGACUACGGCCCCAAAGUCAACUUUAAGAAGCAGAAAUUGAAAGCUGGUAAUUUUUCUGGGUUGCCCAGCUUCAGCAAGGAGAUUGUGGCACGAAUGAGAAGCUAUACAGUGCUUGAGGGUUUUUCUCCUGUUGAGCAGUGCAAUUUAGAUUAUGACCCUGAGAGAGGAUCUGCUAUUGACCCACAUUGGGAUGACUGGUGGCUUUGGGGGGAACGGCUGGUGAGCUUAAACUUGCUUUCAGAAACAGUACUUUCCAUGUCCUGUGACUCAGAGGACAGUCUCCAGUUAUUGCCUCUAUUUCUUCAAGAAAACAAGCAGAUACAGAGUUAUCAAUCUCCUGAUAUUUCUCAAGAGUAUCAGUAUAACGAUCCUACUCUUCUAGAAAGACUAGGAAGCACUGAAUGUUCAUCCACAAAGUUAGUUCCAUUCAGAGAAAUCAUUGUUGCUAUUUACUUACCUCGGAGAUCACUAGUAGUUCUCAGUGGGCCCGCUCGCUAUCAGUGGAAGCAUGCCAUUUAUCGCAACCAUAUUAAAAGCCGCCGCGUAUGUAUCACCUUCAGAGAAUUGACCACUGAGUUCAGUCUUGGAGGAGAACAGGAAGAGCUGGGUAAAAAUCUUUUGGAAAUUGCUCUGACAUUCAAGGGAUCACCUGUAUAAACCCUGAGGGAAAAGAACUGAGACUCUUCUUUGGCUGUUGGAUAUUAAUGUUCGGGGAUUUCAUAAACUUGCUUCUUUUUUUUUCCUCCCCAGAGCAAAGUUGUAUUCAUUGUUCUUCUGAGGGUGGUUCUUGGUGUUAUAUUCUAGAAUGUCUUACUUCUCCACUAUUAUUAAAAUGGUUUGAAUUAAUUUUUUAAUCUAUAUUGUGUGGCUCUCCAGAUGUCUCUGAAUUUAAUUAAUUUAUAUUAACAGUGGAGCGAAUAAAUGUAUCUUCCUUGAAACUGAAGAUUUCCUUUGAAAGUCUGUUUGCAGCACAUAGCCUGUGGCCUAUGUGACAAUGUUAAGCUAUAGCACCCAACAGUUCUCAUCCUUAGCUAACUAGUUGGGGUUACUGGGAGUUAUAAUUCACCAUCUGGGAGGCCAUAGAUUAUAUGUCAAAAUAUAUUAAUUAAAAGUGUUAAAUUUCUUGUCCACCCCUAACCCUAAUAAAAUCAUUUGUCUUUUUAUUUUAUUUAACUCAAACAAAAACUUUAAUGUAAGAGAAAUAAAUGAUAAAACAGGAGUUUAUUAACCUUUCAGUGAGGAUUCUACAAUUAUGGCAUUUCCCCAAAGACCCCAUGCUUGGUAUCUACCAAUAGAAUAUCUAUUAAUCACAAGACAGAGAGCAGUAUCUAAGCUGAUUUUUAAAGACUACAAUGAAUUGGUUUUUUUCUUCUAUUUCUUUCACUUUUUUGUUAAAGCACUGUUUUUUUCCUUCUCGAUAAUAAACAAAAAGACUCUAAUUAAUUUACAUAUGUGUAAAUACCAGGGUAUUCAUUUUUUUAUCUUUACCUUCCAAUCCCUAUAAUACAGAUGUCCUUAUAUAGCCUUUUUAAUUAACUAAAUAAAAAAAAUACACAAA